CCACCACACAAAUUUGAAUGACAAAUCUUCUCUAUAAAGUUCGUGAUCGUUUGUCUAACCCACAAGUCUCUGCUGCUUCUUCAGUUAGUUUCUCCUUCUCUUUCUUGUUAAAAUGAGUUAUGAUGGAUAUGGGGAUAGCAACAUCUCUGUAGGACCAUGGGGAGGCCGAGGUGGUGCUCGGUGGGACGAUGGGGUGUAUACCACUGUAAGGCAGGUGGUGAUCUGCCAUGGAGCUGGUAUUGAUUCUAUCCAGUUUGAGUAUGACAGGAGAGGGUCCUCAGUCUGGUCAGAUAAACAUGGAGGAACUGGUGGUGUCAAAAGAGACAAGGUCGAGCUUGACUAUCCGGAUGAGUUCCUUGUUUCAAUCAGUGGAUACUAUGGUAGCGUUGUUGACUAUGGUUCAGUCCUUGUUCGAGCACUCACUUUUCAGACCAACAGAAAAAACUAUGGACCUUUUGGUAUGCAACUGGGGACCUACUUUUCAUUUCCAAUUACUGGUGGCAAGGUUGUGGGAUUCCAUGGCAGGAGCAGUUGGUUCCUUGACUCAGUGGGAGUGUACUUGAAGCCGCUUGUGCAAAGAAAUCCUGCCAAUACUCUCACUGCUCAAUCACCAAACUACCUAAGCGGGGGAGCAACUGAGAAAUAUAAGGGCCAUGACUAUGAGGUCGAAACAAUUGAAAAGGUAGGUUUUACUUCCCAGGUUGAGAAAAGACCAGUGAACAUCAGACAGACAGUGUCAUAUGGACCUUGGGGUGGUAAUGGUGGAACCGUGUUUGACGAUGGAGUCUACACAGGUGUGCGGGAAAUUCAUCUAACGCGCUAUGGAGGAAUUUUUUCUUUAAAGGUCUGUUAUGAUAUGAAUGGCCAAGCGAUCUGGGGGACCAAGCAUGGUGGAAGUGGAGGAAUUAGAUUGGACAAGAUCACUUUUGAUUACCCAUCUGAAAUUUUGACUAAAAUAAGUGGAUUCUAUGGAUCAACAAUAAUGAGGGGACCUAUAGUUGUGAAGUCCCUCACAUUCCACACCAACAAAAGAAAGUAUGGACCAUUUGGAGAAGAGCAGGGGUCCUCUUUCUUGUCUGGCACUGACACGGGAGUAAUUGUUGGCUUCCAUGGCAGAAAAGGAUUGUUUGUAGACAGUAUUGGAGUCCAUGUGCUGGAAGGGAAGAACUUACAACCACCUCGGUCUUAUAACAACCUACCCAAUGCUCCUAAAGUCAAUGAGGGUCUUGCUGGAAUGGUGAAAGAAGCAGCUCCAGUAGCGCUGAGACAGUGGGGUGGUGAUGGAGGUACGCCCUGGGACGACGGGGUGUUCUCAGGAGUGAAGAGAAUUUUCUUGACAAAAGGAGAAGCCAUAUAUUGUAUACAAAUUGAGUACGAUCGAAACGACCAGUCUGUUUGGUCGGUUAGGCAUGGUGGUGGCAGUGAAGGUAGCUCUCACGUGUUUGUUGCAAUUCAACAGAUCAAAUUCGAUUGUCCACAAGAAAUCCUUACAAGCGUGUGUGGAUAUUAUGGCGCUCUCGCUGGGGAUGAACGUGCUGCUGUAAUAAGGUCUCUCACCUUCUUUACCAAUAAGGGAAAAUAUGGACCAUUUGGAGAGGAAAGAGGAACAUUUUUCAGUUCCACAAAGAGUGAAGGGAAGAUAGUUGGGUUCCAUGGAAGGAGUGGAUGCUACUUGAACGCGGUUGGAGUGCAUAUGCGUCCGUGGUCAAGUGAUCAACAGGAGCCUGUGGAGGUAGGAGCUGCUGUCAAAAUGAUCAUAAAUAGGUUCCGUCCUUAGUCUACCUUUUGGGCUUCUGUAUAAUCUUAUUAUUACUCUAUAAAUUACCAAACAGAGAAAACAAAGGGUUAUUAUAUGUUGUGGUAUUUGCAGAGCU